AUGUUUGCCUUUGAUUACUGGGAGAGAUUUGGCAACGCUGUAGCCGGGAAGUCCCCUUUUCCGGCCCCACCUAAAGUGACUCCAGAGUGUGGUUUGACUAUAAACAAAAAAGGCCCACUUAGAUGCCAGUCCUCGAGCAGGUUCAAGAGAGAAGAGGAUAAGAAUGAACCAGUAAAGAAGAGGAAGGCGCUUGGAUACAGCAUUGGGAAGGAGAUUGAGGCCUUAAUAGGAAAAGACAACCAAAACUGCCGAAUGUGGGAUGAAUGUAAGACAAAACUUCCUGAAGGCCAAGUGUACCUAAGAGUUACAACCACAUAUACAGAGUGUUGUCACACUGUGCACUUUCUGAGCAGUGUGCAAGACAAAUUUUUGUGUGUUUGCUGUCAAGAAUUGGUGUUCCAGCCUGUGACUACUGAGUGUGCUCAUAAUGUAUGCAAGACAUGCCUUCAGCGCUCCUUCAAGGCUAAGGUAUUUACCUGCCCAGCCUGCAGGCAUGACCUUGGAAAGGAUCACAAAUUGGAAGUCAACAAGCCUCUUAGCAAGUGCCUCUUGGCACUCUUCCCUGGAUAUGAUGCUUCACGCUGA